AUGGCUGCUGCACCAGGUUGGAAGCAACUCCUACCAGCCAGGAGAAGAGAGGAUGAGGAUGCUGCUGGGGAUGCAGAGCUGGCUGAGAGAGACCAAGUGGCCCAGAAACCAGUCCAGAAAAUGGGAUUGUGGGAUAGAUUCCAUAACUCGCCAGAGGUACCAGUGGCAGAACCAGAUCUUUGGAACGAGGCUCUAGGUUUCCGUGAAGAUCAUUUCAUCCACAAGGAGGAGAAGGAGGAGAGGCAGCUGUGGCAGCAGCCGCUGAAGAAGCAGUUCACUGAUCAGAGGCUAUCUAUGAGUCGGGUUCAUAUUUCAAAGGGUGUAGAAACCCAAGAGAAGAGACCUGGCCCAGCAGAGCCUGAAGAACAGUCUGCUAUGAAGAGAGUCAAGAGAACAGAGGCUGAGCCUGGAGGAGGCUGGAAAGAGGAGGCUGGGGUAGCCGAAUUUGGAGUGCAAAGCCUUAGGCUUGCAGAAGCUUUGGAAUGGAGGCUAAACCUAAGGGACGCUGAGGAGAAAUCCAAAAUAUCAGAGUCACAGCAAUGGGAGAAAGGCUUUGGGGAAGCUGGAGAACAAAGUGUGAAUCCAGUAGAACCUCAAGAACAGACUUCUGGGGGCUCUGAAAUGGGAGAAUGUAGACUGAGCCUCGAAGAAGAAGGCAAAGGGAGCUCAGGGGAAUCUGGGACAGAACAGAGACUAAUGCAGAGGAAAUCCAGGGAGAACUCAGGCCUUUUGGAGACACAGAUGUGGAGCUCAGAGGUAAUAGAGGCAGCAGAAAUGAGACUGAACCCAGGAGAGGAUGUGGAGAAGAGUUCUAGACAGCUGGAAGCACAGAAAUGGAGCCUGAACUCUGGGAAAGCUCUAGAUUGGAGCCUUGGGAGAUCAGAGGCUCCAGAACAGAAGCCAGUGCCUUCUGACUCUGGAGAUGACAAGUUGGACUUGCUUGGGGCAGAGGCUGGAGAAGGGAGGACAGAGGCUUCUGAAGAGGAAGCUGGAGAUGAGGGCAGGCUGGUGAGCUCCCUUAGAAGCUACUGCUCUGUGACCACCCCCCUCCCAGCCAAGAAAGUUGGACCCAAAGCCUCAAAGCCUCAGCACUCCCUGCUUCCCUCAGUAUCUUCCCUACCUCUUGCCCCAGCACCUCUUCAAUCCACAGAGAACCAGCUGAGGAGUCUUAUGUUCUGUGAGGUGAAAUCUGGGGCUAGGGUAGGAACCUCCCACCACAAUGGACACACCUUCACAGUUAAGCCGAGGUGCCCUAGGCCCCCUGUAACCCCUGUCCCACCUGAACCCCAAGUGCCUGACCCUGGGAAGAAGUAGUACCCCACUGCUAAGGAGAUAGAGGUGAUUGGGGGCUACCUCCAUCUCAGCCGAAGCUGCCUGGCCAAGAAGUCCUCUGAGAGAUGCCACAAACACCUCAAAAUUUCCUUUAAUGAGUCAGCCCUGGAGACCACCUAUUAUUACCCUUCUGAGAGGUCCAACAUGUACCUAUACCCUGAUCACAAGCUGAACAUGCACCCUGGGAUGUUGGCAAUUAAAGCCCUAGCUCAGCUCUUCAUCCUGGGCUGCUCCUGGAGUCUUGGCUUCUUCCUGAUUGAAUCGAUAGCUACACCAGUCCAAUCAGUCAUCGCCUAUACCUUCACCAUCAUCAACUCCCUGCAGGGGGUCUACAUCUUCCUGGUACACUGUGUCCUCAGCCACCAGGUCCGAGAGGAAUUUAAGAAAUGCUUUAAGAGAAUUAAGAUAAAGACUGAAACAGAUAUUUAUGUGCUAUCUUCUUCAACUAACCACACCAAAAUGCACAUAUCUACCUUGGACAGCACCACUUCACAAGAUCUCGUGUGCAAUGAAAAAUCUGUCAGAGAGCAUUGGACGAACAAGGGAUAUAUUUAUCCAAGUCUUGCUCGAAGCUCCUGA